GAAAAGUUAUGUUCAGUCUUUUUGUAUCUGUAGUCACUGCUUUCAGAGAAAAGAUUAGAAAUUAGUCAGUAUCGUGUAUAUGGUUAUACUUCUGAAGAGAUUAGCAUUUGGUGGAUUGUAACGUUACAAUUAAUUAAUACAAUAUAUAAUAAUGAUCUUGUUAGAGAUACAUAACAGAAUACUAGAGGAAACGUUAACUAAUAAAAUAAAAAAUGCUUUGUCAGGUCACAAGCCAGAAUCUACAGACGUUGUUAUAGCAGAUUUUGAUGGAGUUUUAUUUCAUAUUUCUAACUUAAGCGGUGAUAAGUCAAAAAUUAGAAUAAGUAUUUUACUUAAAUUUUAUAAACAAUUACAAGAACAUGGAGCUGAUGAAUUACUUAAACGUGAAUAUGGCUCUUAUCUGAUAGCUCCUGAAAGUGGCUACAAUGUUUCUGUAUUAAUAGAUUUGGAAAAUUUGCCAGAUGAUUGGGAAUCAUUGGUUAAGAAAAUUGCACUUUUAAAAAGACAUUGUUUUGCUAGUGUUUUUGAAAAGUAUUUUGACUUUCAAGAAGAGUAUUAUGAUUCACCAGGUACACAGUUACAGAAGAGGGCAGUCAUUCAAUAUAGAGAUAAAGAAACAAUGUAUGUUGAAGCUAAAAGUGAUAGAGUGACAGUGGUAUUUAGCACAAUAUUUAAAGAUGAAGAUGAUAUGGUUAUUGGAAAAUUAUUUAUGCAAGAGUUGAAAGAAGGAAGGCGUGCAAGUCACACAGCUCCACAAGUUCUAUUUAAUCAUCGCGAACCACCGCUCGAAUUACAAGACUCUGAAGCAGCAGUUGGAGAUUGCAUUGGAUACAUUACAUUUGUACUAUUUCCAAGACAUACAAACAGGGAAGCUCGUAAUAAUACCAUUGACUUAAUACACAUGUUUAGAAAUUACUUGCACUAUCAUAUUAAAUGUAGUAAAGUAUACAUUCAUUCAAGAAUGCGCACCAAAACCACAGACUUUUUAAAGGUAUUAAAUCGAGCGAGGUCUCAGUCGAAAAAUACUGAAAAGAAGACAAUUACGGGUCGAACGUUCAUUAGAAAGGAAUGAGUGCAAACGUAAAGUUACAUUCCUAAUAUUGUUUUACUACAGGAUAAAUGACAGAAGAUUCAUUUAUCUUUAUAGAUUUGCUAGAAUCUCAUUGAUUUUCUGGCAAAACAUAUUGUUUGUAAUGGAAGGUUUUAACCCAUAAAAUUAAUGAGUUAGAAACUUCCGGUAUUUGAGUUUUAUCACUCAUUGUCUCUAAACAGUACAAUGUUCUGUAGAGAAGACUAUAUUGCUGUAAACAUACUCGAAUUGUUAUAUAUGCAGCAACGAAUGCAUGAUUAAAAAGUCAUUUUAUAUUGAAAUUCUUAAAGUAAUGCUACAAGAAUACACAUAAAGUCUUCAGAGAAAUCAGGGAAUAUACUAUAAACGAAGUUAAGAGUUUAUCUUCUGUUCCACUAUUUCUGUACGUGAAAAGUACUGUUAACCUCAGAAUAUGUACAAUUGCAUGUUCUGUUUCUUUUUAAAGCAUAAAUGUAUUUUGUGUUUAUUCAUUUUACGAAAAUUAUUUUCUAUUUAGGUCCACGUAUAACGAAAAAUAAAAGUAAAAAAAAACGCGUGGAUGUUAUAAACUAAUACAUUGAUAUAUCAUUUGUAUGUUUAACAUAGCACUGUGUUUUUGGAUAAAUUAUUUUUAUUGUCCAUACUCUUAUUAACGUAUAAUUAUUGUAAAAUAAUAAAAGUAUUAAUUCUGUA